AUGUUUAAUUACGAAACAUAUUUCCUAAUGUCACUUAAUAAAGCAAGACAACUUUCUUAUGAUAAACGUCUUCUCUUAAGCAAUUUCUCUGCAAUUGUAAAUUUCUUAGAAGGUCAUCCAUUUGUCCAUUUAUUGGUCAUCAAAAUACUGUCAAAGGCUUAUGGAAUAUUAUUCUCAUAUGCGUCAACUUCUGCUACUCAAAAAAGCAUUCAGAGGCAAUUUUUGUGA